AUGUCCACCAGCUCAUCACCGGCCACUUCGCCUCCAGCAGUCUCGUCGCCUUCAUCCUCGGCGAACCCCAAUCACCCCGCGCUUCCUCCGCUGAUAACGUCGCCGCCUGCCCGGCGCACCAACCUACCGCGCCCAAUGUCGCACGCUUCCAAGAACCGCCUGUCGCAAUACUCGACGGGCUCCGUCCCCUCCCGGUCACGACCGCCCUCUUACCUCUUUCCCAUCUUCCAUUCUAGCCUCACUUACACGAUUGUGCGCGACUUUGCAUACCCGCCUGUCCACCCUAUGCACUAUGGCCCGCCGCCCGAGGGUUCAAGGCCACCUUCUGGCAUGACCACGCCGGCAAGCGAGUCGCGACGACUGUCGGAUCCUUCCGCAUCUUGGGAGAGCAAGUUGGGCUGGGAUUGGACCUCUGAUGGUGGCUUGGGGAAGGGAGGAGAGUUGGCGCCCAUCCACUUCGGCGAUGGUCCGCCCUGGAGCGAGGACGAAGACUUGCAGAGCCCGGUCGUCAGCUCGCGGCACAAGAAACACAAAUCAUCAUCCGCUGCUCUAGGCCACAGCAAAGGACGGGCCUCGCAGGACGCGCACCGGGGUCAGGAUGUCGGCCAUGGCGGAGCCUCGAUACUGAACCCCGAAAACUAUGAUACCGAUAGGGGCUACUAUGUCAGUACAAGCGGGGAUGGGAGCGAGCGGUACUAUAUCAACCAGGGUGGCGAGGCGAACGGCCCCGGAGGGGAUAUCGUCACAUAUCCACCCGGCGAGGCGCGGCAUUCCGUGCAAGGCGCCUACUCCGGAGCCGACCGAGCGAAGAGGCACUAUGGAGGGCGCGAUGCUGGAUACGAGUCGGAGCACUCGAGCCCAGCCUCUUCUCCGAGCUUCAACGCUUACGAUGAGUCUCGCUAUUCGAAGGACUACCAGUUUACCAUUACUUCGCCAGACGAGGAGAUGCACGGCAAGGCGGUAGCCCUGUUUGAUUUUCAGAGGGAGAACGAGAACGAGCUGCCACUGGUUGAGGGCCAGAUCAUAUGGGUAUCCUAUAGGCAUGGGCAAGGGUGGCUUGUUGCCGAGGACCCAAAAACACAAGAAAGCGGGCUCGUGCCCGAGGAGUAUGUCCGCCUGUUACGGGACAUUGAAGGCGGUAUGAACAGUCUCACGGGUCAACUCGAGGGCCCGGGGACUCCGAACGAUGUUGGCACUCCCACCCAAGCCGACCACGGCCCGCAAUUUGGCCACACGCCUACCCCCAGCACGGGCAGCGGCAACUCCAAUGGCUACCACCAACCCGUAGUGUCUACCUUCUCCACAUCGAGCAAGGACCUCAACCCGUAUCCACAGCAUCUACUGGGAUCUCAGGCUGGACAGCCUCCUCCGCAGGUCGUUCACUACCAUGGCCAACGUGGCGGAAGCCAGGCUAACACUCCCACUGUGCAGUCAUCCUUCGAACCGGGAUUCGGACGUCGAGGUAGUCGAGGAAGUCAAGACAUCCCCAGGCGGAGCGACUCGACUUCGGCGAAGGGGCCGGGCCUAGAGACGCUGCCCGACAAGCGACUUCAGUCGCCGGUGGAAGAAUCGGACUCGGAUGGGAGCGAUGAGGCUGAACAGGCACCGAAGCCAUGA